AAAAAAAAAAACUUUCGAAGGUAGCAGCUUCCUCACAAAUGUUACACAAAUUUCAACGCAGCCCAAUGAUGAUUUGGACCAAUUGUAUGCUCUAUUCGGAAAUAAAAUCAUCGUAACGACGUCGACUACGAAUGUUCAACUGCUGGAUUUGCUUGGAGUGGAUCAGAUACUUUUGGCUCUACUACCAAACAUUGAAAGCAAUGACAGAGUGAAGUAUCUUGAAAUUUGUUUAAUCAGAGCACGUCAGGAGAAUGCUGUUCAGAGGGAGGACUGAAGAUGCAGCAGCUAUUGGUGUAACCUGCAAGGACUGUCAUUGGAUUGAAUGGAUGCAAAGAAAGCUUUGUCAUUGAUUUAUGAACUUCUAUCCCUAUUGUUUAACAAGUAUACUUCAGUCUGUUGGAAUGGACCAAGAAGUUACUACUUGGAUUUAAGAAGGAAUGGGAGCAGCAGUUGAUCAUGUUACCCCCAUGGGCAUGAGUGGAGGCUCAGCUGAAGGGAAUGACAAGAGCGAAGGGCAGCGCUUUUCCUGCAAAAGCAAGCUGACAGCGCUUGUGGCGGAUAAUGGAGGAGUAUGCCGUGCCAUACAGACUGCGCUCCUACGUUCCUAUGGUGUGGACACAGAAGCUGUAGAGACUGGGGAGGCUGCAGUGGAGCUCAUUGCCUCUGGAGCAACUUUCAAUCUCAUUAUCAUUGAGAUGCUUCUGCCUUUCAUGAAUGGCCCUGAGACUGCUAAGCAGAUUCGUGCCAUGGGUGCCGAAAGCAAGAUUUUGGGGAUCACUGCAUUUUUUGAUGAAAGGGACCAACAAGAAUUUCUUGCUGCUGGUGCAGACGAUUUCAUUGAAAAGCCAUUGUCACCAGAAAUUGUGAUCCCAAUCAUAAGGGAGCUCGACAACUAGAUGUGAAAGCGCACAUCAAAAUAGCUAGAGGACUUAUUUCAAUGCUAAUCCCUAUCAUAUCAUAUCAUAUCAUAUCAUAUCAUAUCGUACCGUUAUCUUUUUCUAUGUUCUUUUGUGUGGACUGAUAUAGUCAUUUGUCAUAGGUACUUGAAGUACAUCUUUAGUAUUUGUGGCAAUUGGAGACAUAUGUCCGUAUCCUUGUCCUUUAAAAUUUAAAUAAAACCGUGUCCUCUAAGCUUCUUGCAAAUUCUUGUAUCAUUUGAUUCUCUUUUGUUUUAUGCUCUUUUCCUGCUCAUUAUUAUUGGAAGGAAAAAACUUGUUUUAUACUGUGUAAAGCUUGAUUUAAAGUCAC